UCCGUACGAUACCCUCACCACUUUGACGUCCAACAUGGCGGCGACCAUGGCACGAAUUCGGAGUCUUUUGCAAAUUUUCACCAGUAGAUCACAGCCCCUAGCAUGUGCCCAUCUCAAGUACAGCACAAGGAAGGCUGACGACACCUUGUGUGAGCCAGAGCUGGCCGUAACAUCCGACGGGCGGACGAUCGUGUGCUAUCACCCGUCCAAACCCUUCCCGUACGAACACACCAAGCCGCUACCGCCCUUGGACCACAUGGACGUGGAGGCUGGAGCCAGCCAAAAAGACAUCUUGAAACUGACAUUCAAGGAGCAGAGGAAGGAGCAUCUUGCAGGUCCUGACAAUAAGAAACUUGAGAAGAUGUUCUAUAUACAUGAGAAUAGAUGGUGGGGCAGCGGCAGAGUGCGUCUACGGAAGUCCAACGAACCUAAAGACAGGGAAACAGAGCUAUGGCAGCCCCCGAAGGACCAGUGAUUACAACAGACACUGCCAUGGCUAUCCAGACAAGCAAGAACUGAUUCUGCUGUGUUGAAGUAGUGAAGAGACUAGAUGUUGCUGUCUUUUGCCAACAACUGGUGCACUGAGUUUCUAUAGCCAACAAGUCAUAUCCACCAGAAAUCUUCUUAAGAAAUGUAAAUUUUGUACCAGGAACAACUAACAGUUUGCAGACAAUAAGACAGAAUGAUAAACUUAGGUCUUCGAGUUAAAUCAAUGCCAAUAAAUCUUCAUUGGCAUUGUUAGUGGUAUAGAUGGUACUGUAUAUUACUUUAAACCAUGACAGUCAUUAACAAUAAGGAACCAUGCAAUGUUAUAUCUAUACGUAGCUGCAUCAACAUCUCUCUUUCUUUUUAUAUAUAUAACAUUAUAUAUAUUCUUGUUUCUGAAUUCCCAGAAAAAAAAUGUACAUGAAAUGCAGCAGAACUCAACCAUGUGGUAUGGGUGUUUUGCUUACAUUUUGCACUUCAUAGUACUUAUACCACCUACUUUGCAGUCAUCUAAUCCUCAAGAUAAAUGUGCAGGUUUCUUUGUGUAAAUCAUCAAAUACCACAACAAACAUUUCACAAAUGAGACAUUUUCUGUGCAGUUUAUAAACACUCUAUAUUGUUUUAUUGUUACUGCAUUUCAAACAUCAUAAAUACACUUAGUCUUAGGAUUAUUUAUUCUCUUGUAGUUUCACUUUAACUACUGCUUUACAACUGUGUUCUUCCAAAUGUAUUUCAGCAGCUUUCAUUGAAAUAUCACAUUUAUUAACACCAAUUUAUUUCUUGGUUCAGGGAUGAAUAGAUAUUAUAUUUCCCUUUUUUAUUUCCAAGUAAUGGGGUUAUAAACAAAUGCUUUCAGGAUGCAAGGACUUCUAGCUCCUAUAUGUAUAUUUUGGGAAAUGGCUGAUCAUGGAACUACUUUGGUAUUACUGAGUGUUCACAUGAGCUAGUGUAUGGCAAUGGUUGUGCCACAAAAUAUGGUGUUACAUUUCAUCAACAAUAUUUAACAACAACAAAAGAAUGACAUCAAGCCCUUUACCCAUCAACAAUUUUUUCAUGGACAUUUACUAGACAUUCAUAUUGUCCAUUUUCCCAGAUACACUGUUUAAAAUUUAUCUCAUAACUGAGAUUUGAAAACCCCAGGAAUAUACCUUCAAAGGAAGUCAUUCCAAACCUAUAGAUGUUAUCCUUUUUCUUUUGGAUAGCUAGCUGCCCUCUACUUCUUGAAAUGAGAAGACUUGAUGAACCAAAGAAAUAAAUUGGCAGUGACAUCAAAAACAUCAAACCAAUAAAUCAUGAACUGUGAA